AAUUUAUUUCUAUUAUACAUGAUAUAGUUUUAUUAAAUUGAAUAAUCAUUUUUAUUAAUACGAUUGAAAUUGUUUAAACCGUACCUAAUAAGUAUUAUAAACUGUAUUAUUACAUCACGAUGAAUAUCUACCGGCAACUUGGUUAUUCAACAAGUAAAUAUAUUACCAGAAAUUAUAAUUCUGUUAGCGCAUCGACAACAAAAUUAUUUAUCGAUGGAAAAGCUGUAGAAUCGAAAACAAAUAAAUGGGUUGAUUUAUAUAAUCCAGCAACAAAUGAACUUGUAACAAAAGUUCCACAAGCUACAAAUGAUGAAAUGAUAAAAGCUGUAGAAUCUUCUAAAGAGGCAUUUAAAAAAUGGAGCAAAACAUCAGUUUUAACACGUCAACAAUUAAUGUUGAAAUAUCAAAACAUCAUUCGGCAAAAUAUGAAAACAUUAGCUGAAAAUAUUACACUUGAACAAGGGAAAACUCUGGCUGAUGCUGAAGGGGAUGUCUUACGUGGUUUACAGGUUGUCGAGCACGCAUGUUCAGCGGGAUCAUUAAUGAUGGGUGAAUCUUUGCAAAAUGUAGCUAAAGAUAUGGACACAAUUUCAUAUAGGGUACCAUUAGGUGUGACAGCUGGCAUUUGUCCAUUCAAUUUUCCCGCUAUGGUACCUUUAUGGAUGUUUCCAAUGGCGUUGAUUGCAGGCAAUACAGCCAUUGUAAAACCAUCCGAGCUAGAUCCCGGCGCGACGAUGCUUUUAAUGGAAAUGUUGAAUGAGGCAGGAGCUCCACCCGGUCUUGUAAAUGUAAUUCAUGGAACUCACGAUACAGUAAAUUUCAUUUGUGAUAAUCCAGAUAUCCGUGCUAUUAGCUUUGUUGGCGGCAAUGCAGCUGGCAAACAUGUAUAUACUAGAGGGGCUGCCGCAGGCAAACGAGUACAGUCUAAUUUAGGUGCCAAAAAUCAUGCUAUUGUAAUGCCCGAUGCAGAGAAAAAACAAAGUAUUGAACAGUUGAUUGGUGCUGGAUUUGGAGCAGCUGGGCAACGAUGUAUGGCACUCAGUGUAGCAAUUUUAGUGGGUGAAGCCAGAGAAUGGAUACCUGAGUUAGUUGAAAGGGCUAGCAAGUUAAAAGUUUCAGCCGGCAUUGAACCAGGUGCAGAUUUAGGGCCAGUAAUCUCGAAAAAUGCAAAGAAACGAAUUUUAUCAUUAAUUGAAUCUGGAAUAAAAGAAGGUGCUAAAUGUGUUCUGGAUGGCAGAAAUAUUAAAGUAGAUAAAUAUCCAAAUGGUAAUUUUGUUGGGCCAACUUUACUAGCUGAUGUUAAACCACAUAUGGAAUGUUAUCGAGAAGAAAUUUUUGGACCAGUAUUAAGUUUAAUGACAGCAGACACUUUAGAAGAUGCCUUAAAUAUAAUUAAUACAAACCCCUAUGGAAAUGGAGCUGCUAUUUUUACACGAAGCGGUUCAAAUGCUCGACAAUUUGUUGAAGAAGUACAAGCGGGACAAGUUGGUGUUAAUGUUCCAAUUCCUGUACCAUUACCAAUGUUUAGUUUUACUGGCAAUCGUGGAAGUUUCUUAGGAGAUUGUCAUUUUUAUGGUAAACAGGGAUUAAAUUUCUACACACAAACCAAAACAAUUACUUCACUAUGGCGUAAAGGCGAGCCGGUGCUAGCGAAAUCAGCAACUACAAUGCCAGUAAUGAACUAAAACUACUAUAAAAAAAAUAAAAAUAAAACAAAUACAAAAAAAAUAUAUAAAAUAAACAAAAACAAUAA